AUGGGUCACUAUGCAGAUAAAUUCAAAGAGAAAUUCAAAAAUGAUUUUGUGAAACUUUACCUGAACACUGGAGAGGCCAAGGAUUUUCCUCUUUGGAGGUACAAGGUAGCCGUGACUCUCUCUGGAAAGAGCAAAAUAAAAGGAUACGUAAAUGUUGCCCUGUAUGGCACUGAUGGGAACACAAAGCAGUACCAGAUAACCUCGGGAACCCUCAAACCAGACAACACUUACACAGCCUUCAUUGAUGCAGAAACCAAUGUUGGAAAAAUUACCAAGGUUAAAUUUCUUUGGAACAACAACUGGAUAAAUCCAACUUUCCCUAAACUAGGAGCUGCUACUAUCACAGUAGAAGCUGGACAAAAUGGAACGGAGUUCCGUUUCUGUGGUUCUGGGACCGUGAGAGAAGAUGUUCUGCAAACUCUCACUGCUUGCUAA